CAAAGCACGCUUUGCUUCUCCAGGGGAUAACACCCUUGUAUAUAAACUUCUUGAACACUAGACAUCCACCACUUUCUUGCAGAGCGAUGGAUUUCCUCAGCAAGACACAUUCUUCCUUUACUUUUCCCAUAUUAGUUGUCCUCCAUAUUUGCACAGUUACGUUUGCUGCGACUGAUACAAUCUCCAGAAUCCAACCUCUUUCAGGCGAUACAACUGUUGUCUCAAAAGAAGGAAAGUUUCAGCUAGGAUUCUUCUCUCCAGGUAAUAAUGAAAACUUUUAUGUUGGUAUCUGGUUCAGAUCUAUUUCAAAGAGGACUGUCAUCUGGGUGGCCAAUCGAGAUAAACCUGUCUCAAGUGCUACAUCUCCAGAACUUAAAAUUUCUGAGGAUGGAAAUCUAGUCCUUCUUAACUCUCUUGGGGCACCCAUAUGGUCAUCGAAUAGCACAAGGAAGCUCAACAGCUCUACCAUCGCAGUUCUCCUUGACAAUGGAAAUCUUAUCCUGAGAGAUCAAGACAACUCUUCUGAUGUUUUCUGGCAAAGCUUUGAUCACCCAACAGAUACAGUACUGAGCGGGCAGUGGUUUGGUAUAGACAAGAUCACAGGUGAAUACCAGAAUCGUGUUUCUUGGAAUGACCCAGAAGAUCCUGCAUCAGGUCCUUUCUCCUUUCAUGUAGACCAAAUUACACUCAACCAAUAUGUCUCACUCUGGAACCACUCGAAAGUUUACUGGCAAUCUGGGAACUGGACAGGAAAAGCAUUCGCAUCCAUCCCUGGAAUGUCACUUAACAGUAACUACAGCUAUGAUUUCGUUAACAAUAGUCGUGAGCUUAAGUUUAGGUGCACCACAAAGGAUGUGUCCAUAAUCACAAGAAUAAUUCUUAGUGUUAAUGGUCAACUCCAACGUCAUACAUGGUCCCAUGAUUCAGAGGAAUGGGUAGUACAAUGGUAUAUACCACAAGCUCUAUGUGACGUAUAUUCAGUAUGUGGGCCUUUUGGAGUCUGCAAGACAGGUGCUGCUGAGAAGCAAUGCUUCUGCUUGCCAGGUUUCAGACCAGCUUCCUUAAGGAGUUGGGAUCUUGGAGCAUGGAGUCAAGGAUGUGUCAGGCAAAUAGAUAUCCAAUGUGUCGAUGCAAAUAAACCAAGAGACAAAAAAGAGGAUGAUGCAUUUCUCAAGAUCACCAACAUCGAAAUUUCACGCAACCCAAUACCACUGAAAGUCCGAACCAUGGAGGAGUGCAGAUCUAUAUGCCUGAGCAAUUGCACUUGUACUGCAUAUGCGCACGAACAUGAUUGUAAUAUCUGGAAUGGUGAACUCCGGGAUCUUAAACAAUUAUCUGAUGGUAAUACUGAUGGUUUUGAUAUUUAUAUACGUCUUUCAGCAUCGGAUCCUCUAAUUCAAGAUAGUGAAAAGAAGGCGCAUCAUGUGAGGCUUACCGUGCUAAUUGUAGUGCUGGGCAGUAUUGUUGUGGCGCUAUGUGCUAUUUGGGUGAUAGUUCAGAUGUUUCAAAGAAGGAUUUCGAGUCAAAAGGCUUUCUCAAAUGAUUAUUCUCUCAUCGUAUAUGACUAUUCCUUUUUACAGCACUGCACAAAGAAUUUCUCAGAUAAACUGGGACAAGGUAGCUUUGGUUCAGUGUUCAAAGGAUUGCUCCCAGACUCAAAAUUAAUAGCUGUUAAGAAGCUCCAAGGCAUGAGACAAGGGGAGAAACAAUUUCAAACUGAGGUGAGGGCUUUAGGGAGAAUUCACCACACUAAUCUGGUUCACCUCACUGGGUUCUGCUUGAGAGGAGCCGAAAGGCUGCUGGUAUAUGACUUUAUGGUAAAUGGGUCUCUGGAUUCUCAUCUCUUCAAGAAUGUGAAGAUAUUGGAUUGGAACACAAGAUUCCAAGUUAUUCUAGGUGUUGCAAAGGGAUUACAUUAUCUCCAUGAUGAGUGUCAUGACCGCAUCAUACAUUGUGAUAUAAAGCCUGAAAAUAUACUUCUUGAUGCAGACUUUAGUCCAAAAGUGGCAGACUUCGGCCUGGCGAAGCUUAUGGAUCGAAAUUAUAGCAGGGCCUUGACAACUAUGAGAGGAACAAUAGGCUAUCUUGCACCAGAAUGGAUCGGAGGUCUUCCCAUUACACCAAAAGCAGAUGUGUACAGUUAUGGAAUGAUGCUAUUCGAGAUAAUUUCAGGCAGAAGGAAUACAGAAUUGAUGGAGAACAGAACCACAAGUUACUUUCCAGUGUGGGCUGCUGUGAAGAUAAGUUCAGGCGACACUUCUGAAAUCUUGGAUUCCAGACUUCAUGACGCAAAUUUUCAAGAGCUAGAGAGAGCAUGCAAGGUUGCGUGUUGGUGCAUUCAGGACAAUGAGGCUCACAGACCAACAAUGCGGCAAAUAGUUCAAAUCUUGCAGGGUACUCAAGAUGUCAGUUUGGCCCCAGUACCGGUAUUUCUACAACGACUAGUGGAGGGAGAAUAUGAGAAUGACAUUCCAGAGUCACGAGGUUGAACUAGAGGGAACUAGAGGGUGAACAGGAAGUGUUUGUGAGUGAAGCACAUGAGGAAAAAAUGCAAGCAUCUACACAUAUUGCACCUUUAAUUUUGUGAAGAAUGAGAUGGUUCAAUUGGCUAUUAUAUGUAUGUGUCGUAGAUGCAUGUUUAGGACCUGCGUAUGUCAGGAAUGGAAAUGGGUACAACCUAAUUGUUUGCAUGAUCUAUCCUUGGUUAUUGUUGUUAUCCAUUCCUUGUAACCUGAGAAUGAUGAUUAGAAGUCAUGUCUUAAUUUAUCAAUAUAUGCUGAGCCAUGUGUUAGGUCAUCGGUAGAAGUCGAGCAGUGGAUUGCUGUCAUCGUUCGUGAGAUGUAGGAUUUAUGAAACGUCAUGUAUACGUUCAAUUCUAAGAUAUGGUUAAUUGUUGGAUUACGAGACUUGGGUGAAGGGUAGAAGUGUUCAGGAAAGGAGUCUUGAACACUGUAGCUUCGUUUGGGUCAGUUAAGCACCGAUUGUUGAUGUUAUUGUCUUGAGCACUUUUUGUACUACCACAUAUUCAAUAUAUGCACAAAUGAGUUGAUUAUCUUCCGCCAUUAAAUUGUUUGGUUCAUGACCCUCUGGUGUGUAAGAAAAAGAGAUCGAAUUGGAGAAGUUAAAUUUGGGAUGGCGCGGACCCUAGGGAUGUCUGAGAGUGGACCUAGGUAUCCUCUGCAGCAUAGACACAUGUCAAAGUCGGCUAUAAUAGGUUUGAGAAAGGUUGUCACGAGG